UUUCAGGCCGUCCACAGGGCGUUCCUGCAGUGCGUGGAGGAGACGCCGGCCAUGCUGUCUGGGCUGGUGCUGUCUUUGGCCUUCUGUGUGGCCAUGAUCGUCCUCCUCUGCACCAUAGGAGAGAAAGACAAGAGCGUUGUCCACGUGGACGCUCUGUCUGUGCUGUGUGUGGUUCUCUGUCUGAGCGCCGCCCUGCUCGUCUGCCUGCCCUGGCUGCCCACCAUGAGGCGCUGCGGAGGAGCCCUGGCCCUCUUCGUCUGGGGGACGCUGUACAUCACCGCCGUAGUCUUCAUCUUCACAGAAGGUCCCGUCACAACCUGGGAGCAGGUAGCGUUCUUCCUCUUCCUCUCUGUGAGCGUGUACACAGUGCUGCCUCUUUCUCUGGCCUGGGCCUUCAUGGUCGGGAUAGGGACCAGCGUAUCGCACAUCGUCAUCAUCAGUGUCUACGUUUCCGUCAAGAGCCCGAAGACACCAAACCUGGCCGUGCAGCUGGUGGCGAACGCGCUGCUGUUCGUGUGCGUGAACUGCGUCGGGAUUUUCCACCUGUGGACGACCGAGCACGACCUCCGAAUAUCCAACCAGAAGAGAGAGGAGUUCAGCGCCAUUCGCUCCCAGAAGGAAAUAAGAAAAUAUCAGCAGGAGCAGCUCCUCCUGUCUGUGUUGCCACGGUGCAUCGCUGUGAAGCUGAAAAAGGAGGUGAUAAAGAGGCUGUCCAAGCCAAAGAGCGAUAAGGAGAACGAGCACAACUUCCACAACUUCCACAGCCUUUACAUACAGCAGCACAAGGACGUCAGCAUCCUAUAUGCAGACAUCGUGGGCUUCACAAAGCUGGCGAGCACCUGCUCACCUGAGGAGCUCGUCGCCGUGCUCAACAAGCUCUUCGGAAGGUUUGACAACAUCGCAAAGAAGAAUGGAUGUCUUCGCAUUAAGAUCUUGGGCGACUGCUACUACUGUGUGUCCGGUCUGCCCGAUCCCAUCCCGGCACACGCCAGGAACUGUGUCCAGAUGGGGCUGGACAUGUGCGCUGCCAUCAGUAAACUGCGAGAAGCGACGGGGGUUGAGAUCAGCAUGCGUGUCGGCGUGCACACUGGCAACGUGCUCUGUGGCGUGAUCGGCCUGCAGAAGUGGCAAUACGACGUGUGGUCACAUGACGUUACGUUAGCCAAUCACAUGGAGUCUGGAGGCCUUCCAGGGCGAGUCCACAUCACAGAGGAGACGCUUCAACACUUGGAUGGAGCGUACCAAGUGGAGGAAGGAGACGGGGGGAGUCGGGAUCCUCUUCUUAAAGGGAGAAAAACCUACCUGGUGAUCGACCCGCAAAAGCCGGACGGUUUCUCCAGGAGACAGAAAUUGGAAGGGAGCAGGCAGCGAGCGUCCGUCCGCAUGUCUCAGUACCUGCAGUCCUGGCAGACCAUCCACCCCUUCGCCGACCUGAGCAAUCCCGAAGCCAAGAAGAGGCCGUCCAAGAAGAAAGUCAACCCCUGCAAUGUCAUCACGAAUCCAUCACAGCUGUCUGCACAAAGACUAACUUCUCAGAACAGUCCCAGUUUGGUGGUGGAUAACGGUGUUCGGGGAUCACUUGACACGCUGGAGACCGCAGGGAAGCGAGUAAAGAAGCUCAACUGUUUGACUCUGCUGUUCAACGACCUGAGUCUGGAGAAGAAGUUUCGGCUCUCUGAGGUGAAAGGUUUACACCAAUCAAUGAGCUGCAUCGCUCUGAUCUUCGUGACUGUUUUCGCCGUCCAGAUGCUCGUUUCGGACAAGAACUUUGAAAUGGCAGUGUCCUACGGUGCAACGUUUCCAGUGCUGGUGCUGCUGCUGUCCAUCGUCUUUACUGGAUACUUGGAGAAAUGGCGUUCCAAGAUGCCGCUGAGCGUCCAGUGGAUCUCCAGCCUGUCUCGUGGCGUCUCCACCAGGGCGGCGCUGCGGCUGUUUGUGGUCUCGCUGUGUGUGCUCAUCACUUUGCUCAUGGCCGUCCUCAACCUUUAUUUCCUCCCAGGAGACGACUGCAACCCGAAUGCCAACAGGACAGAGUUGGAGAGUCUCAGACUCCACACUGUGCCUUACUACCUGUACUGCUGCCUGCUGGCCAUGCUGGGAGUCAUCAUCUUCAUCAGGAUGUGUUUCUUGGUGAAGAUGCUGCUGCUCACCCUGGCCGUCGUGGUGUACCUGGCCCUCUUCCUCCACAUUUACGCCCAGAGGUGCAAAUGCCUCGUCCAACUGCUUUGCAACAACAGCACAUAUAAUGUGGUGAAAGACCCUCACAUCAUGUCUGGAGUUUGGCUGGUCAUCUUUUACAUCGUGGGCCUCAUAUUGGCCAGACAGGACGAGCUGGGUUGCCGGGUCGACUUCCUGUUGGAGCAUUGUUUCCAGACAGAAAGAGAGGAGAUGGAGACGAUGGAGAACGUCAACAAGCUUCUCCUCCAGAACGUCCUGCCGCUCCACGUCGCCUCCUUCUUCAUGGGCAAAAGUGUCCGCAACCAGGACCUGUACAGCCAGUCCUACGAAUGCGUGUGCGUGAUGUUCGCCUCGGUGCCUCAGUUCAAAGAGUUUUACACCGAGAGCAGCGCCAACAGGGACGGUCUGGAGUGUCUGCGAUUCCUCAACGAGAUCAUAUCAGACUUUGAUGAGCUUUUAUCCAAACCCAAAUUCUGUUCAGUGGAGAAGAUUAAGACCAUCGGCAGCACGUACAUGGCAGCUGCAGGACUCACAAACUCGGGGGAGGAACAAAAGAAGUGCGACAUGUCCUACGGUCAUGUGCGGGCCAUGGUGGAGUUUGCCAUUUCUCUAAUGGCCAAACUGGAGCUCAUCAACACACACUCCUUUAACAGCUUCAAACUCAGGAUCGGAUUAAAUCACGGUCCGGUGAUUGCCGGAGUUAUCGGAGCUCAUAAACCUCAGUAUGACAUCUGGGGGAAUUCCGUUAACGUGGCCAGCAGGAUGGAUAGCACAGGAGUGCUGGACAAGAUACAGGUGACGGAUGAGACGGCCCAGGCCCUCCAGAGCGUGGGCUACAGCGUCACCCUCCGAGGAGUCGUCAACGUCAAGGGCAAAGGAGAGCUCACCACUUACUUUGUGAACACGGACCAGUCGUCUCCCCAGUUCUGA